AACAUGCUUCCCUGACAUGCAAAAUCAGAAAACGUGGUCAGCCAGAAUCCUCCGGCAAUAACGUAAAAUAAAAACGGAAUAACUUUAAAUAUCGUAGUAAAGCAUACAGUUAACGUGGUCCAUCCUACUGCAUCAAAAAUGAAACAUACAACGGAUAGUGUUAUACAUAAUGAUGAAGCGAGUGAUUGUGACGGCCAUCUGGUCAUGAGUACCAAGAAAAAACUCAAACUCAAAGAAAAAACUAAAGUGUCUAAGAAAUGUAAGGUAGCAGUCAUGGAUGCAACAUCGUUGAACAUUGAACCGGACGACUAUAUUGGCGACUUGGUCAAUAACGGGGUAGCCAAGAAAAAGCUCAAAAAGCAGAAAAAGCAAAAGGAAGUUAUCGAUGAAGAUUCGAUCAACACGGACCAGUGCAGGAAUCUGUCACCUACUACUGAUCGGGACAUAUCUAUUGAUGAAACGAACGAUUGCGGCGUAUUGGCCCCUAGCGGGUUAACAAAGAAAAAACUCAAAAAGGCGAAAAAGCAAAAGGAAGUUAUCGACGAAGAAUCAUUCAACAUGGACCAGUGCAGGAAUCUUCCACCGACAACUAAUGGGGACUGCGACGAAUUGGUUUCUAACGGGCAAACCAAGAAAAAACUCAAAAAGUCGAAAAAGCAAAAGGAAGUUAUCGAUGAAGACUCCUUCAACAUGGACCAGUGCAGGGAUCUUCCACCGACAACUAAUGGGGACUUUUCUAUUGAUGAAGCAAACGACUGCGGCGAAUUGGUCCCUAACGGGCUAACCAAGAAAAAACACAAAAAGUCGAAAAAACAAAAGGAAGUUAUCAAUGAAAAAGCGGAUGAUUGUGACGGUGAUUUGGCCACUACCGAGGUAACCAAGAAAAAACUUAAAAAGCAAAAAAAUCAAACGAAAUGGCAAGAGGAAGGGAUUGAUGAAAUUUCGUUCAACAUUGAUAGCUGCAAAAAUCUGCCACCGACAACUGAUGGAGACGUUUCUAUUGAUGAAGCGAAUGAAUGUGUCGCCCAAUUGGUCCCUAAUGGGGUAACCAAGAAAAAAUUAAAAAAUAAAAAAGCUGAUAGGAAAAGGCAAGGGGAAGUAUUUGAUGAAGCGAAUGAUUGUAACGGUGAGCUGGUCACUGAAGGGGUAACGAAGAAAAAACUAAAAAAGCAAAAAUUGUAUAAGAAAAGGCAAGAAGAAACCGUCGAUGAUGCUCCGUUCGACAUUGACCAGUGCCAGAAUCCUCUGGAGCACGAAGAACAUUGGGCUUUGCGGCGCGCAUUUUUGGAGAAAAACCAACACAUUUUGCCGCAAGACCAGCUCAUAAGUCUUGCUCAGGUAUACAUGAAUGUGGAACUGUUGGGCUGUUGGUAUGCUCCGGAAACGAUGGAAAUUGUUGCCAAACUUUCCGAAGGACUUGGCCGCGAUUAUCACCGUGCUCGGGCAGUUAUGAUAAAACCCACAUUCGUGUCUGCUUCGGAUGCGGCCAUUUGUAAAGUGCGAAACUUAAACGCGACGGAUGUUGCAAAGAACUAUAGCGGCGCAUCGGUAAUGGCAGUCGCUCAAUCCACUCAGGAUACUGUCCCUUCGGUUGUGUUGAAUUGUCUACGCAGUGAUUUAAUUAUUGUAAACCAAGAUAUGCAACUGACCUUGAACACAUUCAACAGUUUACAAAACGGCAUGGUGAUGGAAGCGUACACCGAAGAAACUGAACUUGGUGAAUGUGAAGGAAUUGUGAAAGUAGGUGGAGCUGUAAUAGCAAAGCAAACUGAUGAUUCUGGCAAGAUUGCACUGAACAAGGCCUGGCGUAUAGCAAAGGAAUUUCUUAUGCAGUAUUGCUAUUCGAUAUCGCAUAAGAUUGCAUCUGAACGACUGGCCGGUGCAGAAGUCGUAGAGUUAUCGGAACUUAAAAAGCAAAACGAGGACGAGGGCGAGGACAAGGACAAGGAAAAGAUACGCAAACUCGACGCGGACAACGUUGGAUUUAAACUAUUGGCAAAACUAGGUUGGAGCGGAGGAAGUCUAGGUGUUCGCGGUGAUGGUAUAGUGGAUCCCGUAAAACUCGAUCAUCAACUGAGCCGUAAAGGGCUUGGGAUGGUUAAGACUGAGAAGCCUAAAAAGGCUAAGGUUGAUCUCAGUAAGGAAAUGAUUAAGGAUAUGCUGAUGGAUUUUGCGAAUGGAACAAACCCUGCUCACCAAAUUGUAUUCAGCAGCGAUUAUUCCAAGGCGAAUCGAAUAAUAAUUCAUUCGGUUGCCUUUAAAAUGGGUUUAAAAUCACAAAGCUACGGAAAGGAAGGCCGGGAUCGCAGGCUCGUAGUGACCAGAAAGUAUAAGUUACGACCAACCGAAUUGCUUAGGAAGUUACUGGUUGAAAAGGAUCCAAAAUUCUGCCAGCUAUACAAUGUUACACCUCCUUCGGAGCUAAUGUAG